GUGAUUGACAGCGGCAACGUCAGCAACAGGAGGGGAAGGAAAAGGGAGGGGGGGGAGACAAAGAGGGAGGGAGUCGAAAGGCCCCAAACUGGAUCUUUAUGGAACAUUUUCCGCCGAGAUCAAGGGAAAGUGAAUCCGCGCAGCGGGGGAUGCUCCGCACGCCGCUGCCAUCGGGGGCCGCGGAGCCGCUCCCGGCCUGAGCACCCCGCGGAUGCCCUUCAUGCCGCAGCCGCCCCCAGGCCAAGCCCGGAGCCCCCCGCUGCGCCUCCUGCCCCUCGGCCGGCCGUGAAAUGCUCCAGGAGAAAAGCCUGUCUGAAACCGAGGAAGGGUUUCCAACAGCCCCCGCGCCCGGCCAUGCGGACACCUCCGCCGGCUCCCCCGUGCUCGGCGUAGCCGGGGGGAGCAGCACGCCGCUCAGCAGCCCGCAGCUCCCCGACCCCGAGCAGACAAUAGAAAAUAUCAAAGUCUAUCUCCAUGAGAAGGAGCUAUGGAAGAAAUUUCAUGAAGCUGGCACGGAAAUGAUAAUAACCAAAGCAGGCAGGAGGAUGUUUCCCAGCUACAAGGUCAAAGUGACUGGAAUGAACCCCAAGACCAAGUACAUUCUGUUGAUCGACAUCGUCCCGGCUGACGACCACCGCUACAAAUUCUGUGACAACAAAUGGAUGGUGGCAGGGAAGGCGGAGCCGGCCAUGCCGGGCAGGCUGUACGUGCACCCCGACUCCCCGGCCACGGGAGCCCACUGGAUGCGGCAGCUGGUGUCCUUCCAGAAGCUCAAACUCACCAACAACCACCUGGAUCCCUUUGGACACAUCAUCCUGAAUUCGAUGCACAAAUACCAGCCCCGGCUGCACAUAGUGAAGGCGGACGAGAACAACGCCUUUGGCUCCAAGAACACGGCUUUCUGCACCCACGUCUUCCCAGAGACCUCCUUCAUUUCUGUCACCUCCUACCAGAACCACAAGAUAACCCAGCUGAAAAUUGAGAACAACCCCUUUGCCAAGGGCUUCCGGGGCAGCGACGACAGCGACCUGCGCGUGGCGCGGCUCCAAAGCAAAGAAUAUCCAGUAAUUUCCAAAAGCAUCAUGAGGCAGAGGUUGGUGUCCAGUCACGGCCAGCUGUCAGCAAAGCCAGAUGUUAAUCCACUGCACGGGAACCACCAGAGCCUUCAGCAUUAUCAGUAUGAGAAUGGUGCUCACAUGCAGUUUGCAGCUUCAGAUACUCAAGAUCUGCCACUCAACACCUUCACAGCACAGAGAGAUUCAGGGCUCUUCUACCAUUGUCUAAAAAGAAGAGAGAGCGCUCGGCACCUGGACCUGCCCUGCAAACGCUCCUACCUGGACGCCUCGUCCUCGGUGGGGGAUGAUCACUAUUUCCGCUCGCCGCCGCCCUACGAGCAGCAGAUGCUGAGCCCGUCCUACUGCGGCGAGGUGGCCCCCAGGGAGGCCUGCAUGUACUCUGGCUCGGGCGCCGACAUCGCCGCCGUCUCGGCCGUCGACGAUUUACCGCCGCCGCCGCCCCCGCUGAGCUGCAACAUGUGGACUUCAGUCGCACCUUACACCGGCUACAGCGUCCAGACAAUGGAGACUGUCCCCUACCAGCCCUUCCCUCCUCACUUCACCGCCGCCCCCAUGAUGCCGCGGCUCCCGGCCAUGGCGGGCCAGGGCUCGCAGCCGCCGGGGAACGGCCCCUUCAGCGUGUACAACCAGCUGGGCCCGGCUCCGGGCCGGGAGCGCGGCCCGGCCUCGUCCUUCCCCAGGGAAAGGGUGCACGCGGCCGUGUGCGAGAGGAAACCCCCCUCUCCGCACCUGAAUGCGGCCAACGAGUUCCUGUACUCGCAGAGCUUCUCGCUCUCCAGGGAGUCGUCGCUGCCGUAUCAUUCAGGGAUGGGGACUGUGGAGAACUGGACUGACGGGUGACCCCCGGGCCCGGCGAGGCUGCGGCGACCUUACUGCUCCAGGACAGUUCAGUCAGUGUUAUACCUGUGGGUAACUUGCACUUCGGUGAGACACAUGUGCAUUUCCAGAGGGAUUUGUGUGGGUGAAGAGCUCGUAUCUUCAGGCACACAGAGAGUUCCAUCUCCUGUCUCAGUGGGCUGGAUUCAUCAGGCUCUUAGUGACUCCCAAAUAAAUUCAUUCUCGUGUCUUCAUCCAGUAGAAACCAUCUUCAUGACUAAUGAGUGACGUAACUAGUCAUGUUCUUUUGCUUGUAAUGUUAAACAUCCGUGAGCAAAUUUUGGCUAUUUGGGAAAAAUACGAGCUUCGUUUUUAUGGUCCUUGGCUCACAAAGCCACAACCUCCCAAGCCUCCAAGGAAAAAGCCAUUCCGUGGGUUGCAUAGCUCAAGGACUGCCGUGGCAGCGCUUCUUUAGCCCUCUCGGUCCGUAGAGAUUCCUCGUUCCUCUGGAAGUGCAGGAGUGGCGGGAGCGCGGGGCCGGCGGGGCGCGGGCUCCGCUCCGGAGCCGUGGGGCCGCGCCGCGGGCACGGGGGAGAAGGCACCGAUGCACAAAUGUCUCUUCUUGCCCCCACACCGACCUCGGUUGUGGCUGUGGGAAGCGAAGAAGUGAAGAGUAAAGUCCGAGGCCAAACAGCAAAUUAAUUGCAGCGUUAGGAACAGACCCAGUGUCUUCAGACUCCCAUCCCUUGAUUGAAUCACAUUUGCUUAUUGCAAUAUAUUUAUGAAGUUUAAGCUUAAAAGUCGCUAAUACUUUCCAGAACCAAUUUCUGUAUUUGCUGGUCCUUGAUUUCUUUCGUAUUCAGCUGAAACGUGCCUUUUGUGCUAUGUUCUUUUCUUUUGCAGCUCAGACAGAAUUGUUUUCAGCCUAAAGCAGGCCUAGAGGAAUACUUUCCUAAUGGUGGGGUGGGGAGGGAGGAGCUCCCAUGACCCACCAGCUUUACAGUGUACAAAUAUUUGUAGAACAGGUAAAAUCUGUAAGCAGCGCAUCCAUUGCUCCCUUUGCUCACGGUGGAAGGUCCGGGGCUGAUUCCGGGGCUGAUCCUGGCUGUGCCCUCUGCAGUGUCCCUGUCACCUGUCGUGGGGGAUCCAGCACAGGGUGGGUUUGGUGGUCUCAGAGGUCCUUCCCAGCCUCAGUGGUUCUGUCAGAGGCUGACACUCGUGGGGAAGCAGAGGGAUUCUGUGCUUUGGUGAAUCCAUCCCAAGGAGGAGCCCGAUGGAUGGGGGGCUGUGACACAGCCCCGAGGGUCACAUUGCAACCAGGACAGUCCCCUGCACCCACUCAGCAGAAUUCGUGUGUGACUGGUGAGGAUUUUGUAACGAGAUUUUGGAAAUCACUACAAUUUUUGCAUGCUGAAUAGCUAUUUAUAUACAUAUAUAUUUUAUAUAUAUAUAUAUAUAAAAUUAUAUAUAUCACAAAUGCAGGCCACGUGUCCAAUUCAGCUUUGCUUUUAACAAAUGAAAUACUUAAUAAAAAUGAAUGUUGCAAAGGUUUUUUUUUUUUGGAAAGACAUCUAUUUAAAAUUUUUUUAUUACACACCUUUGAUGUAAAAACUAAGAAUUGGUUAGACAAAAAAAACAUAUAUACUACAGAUAAAUCUUUAUUAGAAACCACAUUAGAUACAGGUGGUAUGGAAUUUUUAAAUGUUUGUUACAUAGCAUGGACAUUUUAUUUUACAUAUCAGAACAUAAAGUCAUUUUACUACU